AUGCGUUUCGCCACUGCCCUUAUUGCCCUGUUGCCCGUCGGCUUCGCCCUCGGUGAAGUUAUCAACAUCAAGGUCGGCGAGAAUAAGACCCUGACCUACACGCCCUCGAGUGUCAACGCAAGUGUCGGCGACACACUGACGUUCGAGUUCGUUGCGGGCAACCACACCGUCACCCAGUCGACGUUCGCGUCGCCUUGUUCGAACUUCACCUUCACCAACGGCUCCACAGGUGUCGACUCGGGCUUCGAGUUCGUCGCGACGAACGCGACCUCGUUCCCGACCUACAGCUUCACUGUCACCAACGCGAGUACGCCGCUAUGGUUCUACUGCCGACAGACUGGUCAUUGUGAAAAGGGAAUGGUCUUCGCUGUGAACCCCACGGCAGAAAAGACGUUCGCUGAGUUCCAGGCCGCUGCUGAGAAGACCACGACGAACACUACGACGUCGAGCUCCGCGUCGGUAUCUGGCUCGUCAACCGCCUCGUCAACCGCUGCAUCGACCUCCGCGUCGACGACGAGUACGAACGGCGCGAUGCGUCUCGGCGGCACUGCUGCUGCCGUGGCGUUCAGCGGGCUCGGUGUGCUCGCAGGGCUUCUCUUGUGA